GCUACGCGUAAGCUGCACAAGGUAACCGUAGGUCAAGCAGAUUACAUCUACGAGUCCUAUUUUUAGGUCGCCGAGCAACCACAGCAAGUUCUUGGACAUUUGGCGCAAUUCUACUCACCACUGAUACAGGCGCACGUCUAACCGACUGCUUUGAACGAGCGGAUAAUUAAUUGCAGCUCACUGAAACCUCACAAUGACCUUUGAUCCGCACGAAGAGAUGCCGGAGAACAUGUUGAGAUACCGGCUAAAAGUGCUGGCAAACAAUGGAUACCACAUCUACUACCCUUAUGGCAGGAAGCUCGCUAAAGCGUCAGACCACUUGAACGGAACGCUGAGGGAGCCCUUGUACGAUGGAUGGACGUUCAGGGUGCUUUUCUACGCCCAGUCGAUGGGGACCGAGACGGAACUUAAACUAACAUGGGAACGCCUCGACUCCUCUCGUUGGUUUAUCAGAGUAUUUGUAGACUCGAAAGGCGACAUAGUCACCAGCGGCAACGACGCCAGCGGCAACUUCAGUGUUUCGAUGGGGUUGCAGCCCGUUCGGGAGGGCGAAUUCUACACCCUGGCCAUUCGCUACGAGGAGACCGCCUCAUUUAGGGCGUUUUUCAAUGCGAACCAAGGAACCGGAGAGGCUGACAAGAAGCGUGACAUGCAAAAUAUACAAGCGGUGGACAAAUGGCACUUCAAGAUAAGCCCUGGGUCCCAUUACCUUUUAGCCGUUGAUAUUAGCGAUGAAUUGGGGAAGCUUCCGAAAGACGGCCUGAAACGAGAAUACUAUCACGAUGCCUUUCCAAUGGACAUUGGCUCUUUCGGCAUCUUUGAAAUGACGUACACAGGGACCGACCAUGUGCUGCUGGUAGACUUAAGCGACCCGGGCGCUGCUGCGAGGAACAUCAGUUUCAGGAGAAUCAGCAUGAAAGAGGGCGAAACUUUCUUGGCGUACAUCCGAAGCGCGCCCACCGGGUGGGUGGUGCAGAUGAGUUUCCAGGAUCAGGCGGUGCUCGCCUUGCGCACAAAACACACCAAACGCCUCUCGCCAAAGUUCUCCGCGGCCAACAUAAUGCGAAUGUACCUGGAGCCUGGCCCGUUAUCAUAAUUCAGCAUAAUCGAACGUAUAUACAGAUUCUAAUAAACGUUUCUCCUCGAGUGA